AUUUUUUGACCAGCACGAUUUCGCCAUUUAGUCACCUGCCAGGAUUGAACGUUAACACCGCAACAUCGUCGCUCAAGUUGCAUGGCAAGCAAUUCAAUGAGCUUUUUGGGCUUCCUGUUCUCCUCGUAUCAGGUCAAAAUCCGAGCUACAGUCCUUCAGUUCUGGUGCACCACUUCCUAACCACCUACCUACCUAACAGUGUUACACAUGUCGGAUACAACUAUGAAAGCGCUUGUCUUCGCUGGAAAGGGUCAACCUAUGCUACAAGAUCGUCCAAAACCGACAAUCAUAGAGUCAACCGAUGCUAUCGUCAGGAUGGUCAAGACUACGAUUUGCGGGUCGGACUUACACAUUCUCAAAGGCCACGUCUCUACGUGCGAUACCGGACGGAUCCUGGGCCACGAAGGCGUUGCCGUCGUACAAUCCGUCGGAGACGGCGUUACGAGAUUCAAACCAGGCGACAAUGUCAUCGUUUCCUCCGUGACCUCCUGCUCUAGCUGCGACCACUGCCGCAAGGAGAUGCCUUCCCUCUGCGUCGACGGUGGGUGGACUCUGGGGAAUACUAUCGAUGGCACUCAAGCCGAGUUCGUCCGUAUCCCCCAUGCGGAUGGCAGCUUGCAUCUCAUGGUGGAAGGCGCGACCGCCGAGGAGCAAGUCAUGAUCAGUGACGCUUUGCCGACCGCAUUUGAGUGUGGCGUGCUCAGUGGAAAGGUGGCCCCCGGAUGCUCUGUCGCUAUUAUUGGCUGCGGUCCUGUCGGCCUUAGCGCAAUGGUCACGGCGCAGCUCUAUUCCCCCUCGCAAGUCAUCAUGGUUAGUCGCAACUCCAAUCGUAUUGCACUAGCCAAAAGUAUGGGUGCGACACAUGGUAUUGUAUCGGGAGAAGGUGUAGAUGUGGUAGCGGCCGUCAAGGAACUCACAAACGGUAAAGGCGCUGAUACGGUAAUCGAAGCCGUCGGUGUCCCCGCAACCUUUGAGCUCUGUCAGGAACUCGUUGCUCCGGGAGGGACUAUAGCGAACAUGGGCGUACACGGCUGUAAGGUGGAUUUACACCUGGAAAUUUUGUGGGACAAAAACAUUACCAUUACCACUCGUCUGGUGGAUACUACUACCGUGCCUAUGCUGAUAAAACUGCUCGGUUCGGGACAGAUCAAAAUUGGGGACUUGGUGACGCAUAGGUACAACUUCGCAGAGAUCGAAGAGGCUUACACUACGUUCGGGGCGGCGGCAGAACACAAAGCCAUGAAGGUCGUCCUCAAUUUCUAACCUGUAGCUACUUUGAUACUGUCACGAUGUCAAGAAAAUCCCGUUAGUUCUGUAUUA